AUGCAAUUUGCAUAUUGCACUUUGUUGCAAGUUGUUAUUGCAUAUAAUUUGCAUUCAGUUGCAAUACUUUAUGCAUGUAUGAGCAGGCUCUUCAGUUACAAUCCAACAAGAAGCGAGAGGAAAGAAAAAAAAACUUGUUUAGUUUCUUCUCCGAUCUCCAAUAUCAAAACUUCGGCUACAGCAUAA